AUGCCCUCGAGUGUUCGAUCGAAUCUCCGUGCGCGUCGUCUAGAAGCUGCUGCAAAGGCAGCUGCUCAGCAAUCGUUUGGUCUUGAAGACGAGCUGUCGUUUGGCUCUGACGAAGACCUUAUGGAAACGAUUGGUGAGAUUGAACUGCCCGAUACGACUACCCCCGAACUCUCGCCAGCCCUGUCCGGCGAUAACGUUCGCGUAAUGCAGUCGGGUGCCGUCCAAGGAGGAACCAGCGUGCGCGUCAAGACCAAGAAGUCGUCGUUGACGUCGUCGUCGUCGUCGUCGUCCAAGAACAAGGAGAUCCGUGUCCGCUACAAAGACAGCAAGGACAGCAGCAGCAGCUCGUCGCUCGCGUCAUCUACACACCUCCUUCCUCCACUUCCCCCAGUCCCCUCGGGCUCGACACUGGACCUCCCCACAGACAUGUUUGGUGACCGCAGCUCCCCAAGCUCCAGCCAUAAGCGUGGGUCUCUCAUGGGUGCCUUCAAGGUCAAGGGUCUGCGCAAAUGGCGCGACGACCAGAGCUCGCGUACCAGCUUCGUCACGGACACGGCAAGCCAGGCCAGCACCCUCAGCCUGGCCAAGAUUACUUCCAACUCAUCUCGUCCUUCGUUUUCAUCUUCGGUCGUGUACCCCACCUCGGCAGCCGCGUCUCCGUCGUCCAAUGUCCCCCACCUCGGACCUCUGUCCCUCCCUUCCCUCGACUCGCAGUCUGACGGUGGUGCGUCUCUGCGCAAGCAGUCGCGCUCCGACUCGUUCGAUGUCAAACCCGUUGCCAUUAUCAACGGCGCCUUGCAUUCGUCGCCGACACCAUCUUCGGUCGCGACGUUCAUCAGCCCGAAGCCGUCCCAGUCCCACUGGGCUUCCAACGGCAUCGCUGCUGCUAUCCUGCCCGGCUUCCCCGCAACAGUGGGCAGCCUAGAGCCCAUUACUGUUUUCUCGGCCUCUGCGGCCAAGCGCCCUCCGUCUUCGAUUCUCUCGAGCGGAGGUGAACGCGGCCCCAACGGCUUCCGUGCUCCCUCCACCUCGUCCCGCUGGACCCCUUGCACCCUUGUGUUCACCCAGUUCAAGAUCUCACUCGCGCCCGAGGAGGCAGCUCAGCACGGCGGCGACAACGAGCGUACUGUUGCCCACAUCCACGUGUUCAGCACCAAGCAGCAGCAGCUCGUCAACGGCUCGAUGGGUAUCCGCCGGUCAAAGUCCAGCGCGGGCAUCAACCCUGACCAGGUUGCACCCCGUGUCGAGGUCGAGCGCCGCACGCUCUCACACGAGAGCUCGGCCACGGUCUGCGAAGACUGCACCGACGUCGACGGCCGCUCGGUUGUGCUCCGUAUCCUGUUUGGCCACGAGGACCGCACGAAGGCUGGGAACGAGUGGCUCCUCGAGAUGAAGGACGAGUCGCAGCUCUACGAGUGGAUCCGUCAGAUCAAGAAGACGGCCAUCAUGAUCAACGCCGAAGAGUUGGGUUAUGGCCACGCUGUCCGCUCAGCGUACGAAAACUCGAACGUAUCGGCCGACGAGCUGGCUCACAAGCUCAGUGUUCACGCGCGUGCCGUGGCGGAGGCGCGCGACAGGCAAGGCCCCGCCGCCGCUUUGACGGCGCGGACCAGCGGACCUGCAUCAGCAAUUUCUCAGUCCGACGAGCGCCGUGCCUCUCUUGAUCUCGCUCAGGGCGUGGCUCUCAACCGUUCACAUUCUGCAGAUGACGCCAACACUAGAAAUGGCGCCCCAGCAAUUCCUCGAGCACACCCUUUCGAGACGUCCUCCAACCGCGGCCAAAACGGCACCGCUGUUCGUACUGGCUACACCAACGGCAACGGUCAAUCGCUCUACAGCGGUGACCUGUCCACCUCUCCAGGCUUGAACCUCAACGGUCUCACUCUCGAGUCGGGCUUCUCCUUCCCGGCUCCCCCGUCUGCUCUCCCUCCCCCGCGGCGUCCUCCCCCUGUUCCCCGGGCCGAGCCCGCGUCCAACACGACCACCCCCAUGUCGUCGGCAUCCCCCACAGUCCCCAACGUGGCCAGCCUCGACUCGCCUUCGGUGUCGUCCGUGUCGACCAUGGGCAAGCGCUCACCUUCGUUGAGGCCAGCCCCUGCCGCUCCCUCGCACGCUGCUGUCCCCAGCGGCAACGCCAACAGCGGCGAUGCGGAUGAUGAGGAUGACGACGAGGAGGAGGAGGAGCACCUUAUUGUUCGCCCACCUACCCCUCCCCGCGGUGCCAGCAAGGACGACACGUCCCGUAACCACCCUCCCGUCACCCAGGCUGUCAACCUCCUUGGCUCUCGCGCAGUUGCCUCCAGUAUCACCAGCACCAACACGUCGAGCACUUCCGGCACCUCGCGUCUGCGCCGUCUCCGCGGUAAGCCGCAGGUUAUCGACAUUAUGAGCGAGUUUUCCGCCAUUGAGGCAGAGAACAUGCCCCCCGACGAGGACGAGGAGCCCAUCCGCGAGGACCGCGAGCGCCGUAUCCGCUUUGCCGGCGACGAGUAA